AUGGCGGAGGACCUAGACGAGCUCUUGGAUGAGGUGGAGUCCAAGUUUUGCCGACCAGACCCACUGAGACUGGGUACGGUCGAGCGGCCCAGAGGCGGCGGCGGCGGCUUCUUCGGCAACGACCAGAACCGAGCCGAGGCGAAAGAGAAUCUCAGAUCAGCAGAAACAUUUGAAAAAGAAGAUGAUCUUGACAGUCUUAUUAAUGAAAUAUUUGAAGAGCCCCACUUCGACAAAAAACACUUUAAAUUAAAAUCUAAAUCUUCAGGUAACACAUCUGUCAGAGCUUCCAUUCAAGGCCUCGGUAAAAGCUGCAGCCCAGUGUACAUCGGCGGAAGCGCCGUUCCGUGUGGGAUUGGGACAAAUACUUCACAGAGAGCAUGUGACCAUCUGCGUUGUACAGCCUGUGAUUUCUGGGUAGAAAGCUACGAUGACUAUAAGUGGGACAAAUCAUGUGAUUACCUGUUUUUCAGGAACAAUAUGCCAGAAUUCCACAAAUUAAAAACAAAGCUGGUAAAGAAGAAAGGAACACGAGCAUAUGCCUGCCAGUGCAGCUGGAGAGCUGUUGAAGAACUGACUGACCUUCAGACCGACCAUCAGCUUCGCUGGGUUUGUGGCAAACACUAA